AUGCAGAGCCAUAUCUGCUGCGACCUCUUGCACACACGCACGCAAGUGGCCUUCGGGUGCGCGUACAAGUGGAGAGCAGAACAGCACAACACUGACGUCAGAUAAGAGUGUCAAUCGCUUUGUCAGGUCAUGUCCAUCUGCUUAUAAGAGGAAUCUAUCGGAAGAUCAGUCACACGUUCACCCAGGCGGAGAACAUACCAGUGCGCAGCGUUCAUCCAAAACCAGCAGCUAUGCCUCACUCCUUGUUGCCCCUGUGCGUCCUGGGACUCCUCGCCCUCUCAUCCGCCUGUUACAUCCAGAACUGCCCCCGAGGAGGGAAACGAGCGCUGCCGGAGACUGGGAUAAGACAGUGCAUGCCGUGUGGCCCCGGAGACAGGGGCCGCUGCUUCGGCCCCAGUAUCUGCUGCGGGGAGGGCCUCGGCUGUCUGCUCGGCUCCCCGGAAACGGCUCACUGCGUGGAGGAGAACUACCUGCUCACCGCCUGCCAGGCAGGAGGGAGACCCUGUGGAUCUGAGGGAGGACGCUGCGCUGCUUCAGGACUCUGCUGUAACUCAGAGAGCUGUGCGGUGGACCCUGACUGCCUGGGGGAGACCGAGGCCUCAGAUCCAGCCCACGGCUCUGCAGGGAGCUCGCCAGCUGAGCUGCUGCUGCGCCUGCUACAUGUAGCUACCAGAGGAUAGACUGAGUACUGAUACUGUUGUGUGUGGAGGUUCUUCUGCUUCUCAGGGCCUGGAGGUGCAACAGAAUAAAGAUCAUCCCUGUUCCACUACAAGCCUUAAGGUGUAAACCUUGAACCAAUAAAAUGCCAAGACAAACUUUGUUCUCUCAUAACCCCUACUGCUGUGAUAUCUCUGUAUCUGUAAAGACGGUCACAAAAAAGAAAAACUAUCUUUAACUUUAGUAAUUGGCUAUUUUCCUCCAGAUCCUAUGGAAGAGGAAUCAUAAUACUGGUUAUGAAAAGUAUAUUUCAUGUUUGUUCCAACCUUCAAAAUGUAUAUACUAAUGCACAUACUGUAAACAAAAUUUUAUUCUUUAUGAGGGGAAACUCCUCAGAGCUCUACUUCAAAUAAGUGAAUUAUGGCAUAUAGAAAACACUGUAAAUAAGUCAGAGAUCAGAGAUGACAGACAUCAAUGUAAAACAGCUGCUUAAGCAGUUACUUCUUGUGUACUAGAAAUAGUAUUAUAUAUUGACAAUACAUAAUGUUCACUGCC